GUGUCGGGUGUUCCAUUCCCGCGGCGGCGCCCAAAGCCAUUCACUUUUCCCUCCACCGCUAGAGACUCCUCCCGCGGCGAUGGCCGCCGGCCUCCUCCUCGGCGACGCCACCGCCCUGGGGGGCCACCUCGCCGUAUGCCGGCCCCCGCACCUCUACCUCCGCAACUGGGCCCCCAGGCCCCUCGCCGCGGCGGCCGCCUGCCUCACCCGGAACCGCCGGCGUGGCCACGUGCCCAGGUUCGCCGCCUCCGCUCCGGGAGGCGGCGAGGGGCCGGGGGAGCUGUCGGAGGACGAUAUGUCGCAGAGGGAGUGGGAGGCGGAGAUGUCGCGCCGGCUGAAGGAGGCCGAGGAGAUGGAGGAGCUGGAGCGCACGGCCGAGCAGCUGCAGAGCCAGGAGGCCGCGGAGGGCCCCGAGGAAUCGGAGGAGGAGAAGCGCGAGCGCGUCCGCCGCGAGCUCCAGAAGGUGGCAAAGGAGCAGGCAGAGAGAAGGGCGACGGCGAAGCAAAUGUUUGAAUUGGGGCAGAAGGCGUAUGGGAGAGGAAUGUACGGACGCUCAAUUGAUUUCUUGGAGGCUGCACUCAGUAUUAUACGUCCCUCCUCGCUCCUUGGUGGUGAGAUCCAAAUUUGGCUUGCGAUGGCAUACGAGGCCAAUAGGCGGCACAAGGAUUGCAUUGCAUUGUACAAAGAAUUGGAGAGUAGCCACCCCAUGAUCAACAUCAGGCGGCAGGCGGCUGAACUCAGAUACAUUUUAGAGGCACCCAAGUUGAAGAUAUCAAAUGAUGAGGUGGUCUCAAUACCACAAAUUGGGAGCAGCUGGGAUUGGUAUGCUGGAACAUGGAGUGACAAAAUGAAGGACCAAGAGGACAAGAAAAGAAAGAUGUCUGCUGCUAGCAACCAAGUUCAGCCUUCUCCAAACAUCUUUGGAGACUUCUCUUUCUUGCGACCGCCAAGUGAAUGGAAGAAGAACGCCUGGGUGAUUGUUACUUUAUGGAUCCUCUUGCUAGGAACAGCGAUCUAUCUGCAAAGAUGAAGAACUCGCUCAACUCUGGAACAAACAGUUCACAUCUCCGCCAUACAGUGACCCAGUCUCAGAGUGUUCUGAAACAAAAUAGACCCUGGUGGAUUGCAUUUGUUAUUUUAGUUGUGCUAUCCAAGAAUGCAACAUAUUCUCUGCUGCACUGGCAUGGGCCAGAUUUGUCAUUUCGAGAUUUUUUUUUGCUGCAAUGUAAAUAGUAAUUAGCAAUGCAAGCAGAUGCUAACUGAUCCUAUAUCGGUUUCCACAUUCAGGGAAAAAUUGUUGUGAUGGGUCAAUACCUUUUCUUCUUUGGAAGGAAGAUGGGUUACCACUUCAA